ACAAGUUUGAAGCUUCAAUCGUGAGAUAAAAAGACAUUAAAAUCACGGUCAGAAGCUGUCUCAACAUUCAAGUGACAACACUGCAUUGUCUUUAUUAAUGGUCAGAGUGAAAUCAAUAAGGUUGCCAUGGUAAUGCAUUUGUACAUACUUUAAAGACUUUUUGACAGCCCAAGACACACAGCCCAUACACGUAUCUGUACGAUAACAGCUCUUGGUACUUCGGUUUCCAUCUUUGAACGCUGACCUUUUGUCAAAUGUCCGUGUCGUACAUCGUGAUUCAACACGAAUUAGAUUCUCUGCUCAGGAAAUGGGGGCUCGGUGUUUCUGGGUCAGGUUUCUCAUAAUGGAUGUAGCUGACAUCGUGCGUAAGCCUGGCUGGAUGUCUCUUAGGGGGUUCUAAAUGGUUGCACCAGAGAUGCUCAGCAAGUAGAGCCAAGAUUCUUGGUUUGAAUAUAGGUUUCAGCCACCUGUAGCUAAACCACUUAAUUUCGGGUAACAUUUCAGCCGAGUAACCAAUUCAUGCAAAUACCAAACCCAGCUCCAAGGACUAAAAUGUAUAAGCAUGGCACAUUGUAACUAAGUUAGCUACUCUACUGUGAAUGUGAUGGCACUGUCGUCAUACCAUUUCAGCAGCAAAUAUUCUUGUCCGAGACUACUUUAACAUCAUGCAUAUCACUGCAGUAAUGCCGACCCAACGCACUCACAAUGUUACCUUUGCACGAUGCCACGCGCAGCGCGCAGAUGUCGUGGAUAGACCCGCAGCGGCCAGCUACCGUGGACGACGGAAAACGGCGAGAGCGCUCCGUCAUCAGCUACGCCAAGCCCAACGCCCGGCCGCCCGUUGCACGUGGUCCCAACUUGAUGGAGGAUGAUGAAGAGCCCAUCGUGGAGGACGUGAUGAUGUCAUCAGAGAGCCGACUUGAAGACCUCAACGAGAACAUGGGCUACUUCGAUGACACACUGGAUAUCGACUUGCCGGCCUCCAAGAACCGGCGGGAGAGGAACGAGCUGAAACCCGACUUCUUUGACCCCGCCUCCGUCAUGGAGGAUGACAGCGUUUUGGGAGUCUCCAUAUUCUGAGUGUGGUGCAGUACUUGCUGUCGAAGCAAUCCCUCAGCCUCCCUCUCCAGCACCCGCCCACCCAGCCGUCUUGAACCCCACCCUCAGCAGAAGAGAAUUUGCAAGUGUUAACGCAAGCAAGUUGGGAGUAUUUAAAACAUGAAAAGGAGAUUAAGAAGAGUUGUGCUUUGGAGAGGUGUAUUGCCUCUCUUGCCUUUUUAACCUGUUAUUUUAUUUUUUUAAUAGUUCCGUGUAACACAGUACUUUAUCCAGAUAAAAGAUCCUCAGGUGUACCAUAGUCUUAAGGAUGCAUUAUAUAGCCAGCACGUGUGUUUAGAAAAUGGAUCUUUUUUCUUUCGUCAUUGCUUAUAUUUUUUAUUUUGUUUCAUUAUUUUUAUUGCAAGUUGGGAGAGGUGUGUUAGAGUAGCUUGCCAAACACUGUGCAUCUUUUCUCAUUUCCUAUCUUGAGGCAUAAUAAUGUAAGACAUUUGUAAUAAGACUGACCGCUCCACUCAAGCUACACAGGAAUCCUGGAAUGGAUGGAUCCACCUGGCUUCUUGGGCAACGCAGAAACCGAUGAAGCUUUGCGCAUAAAACUAUUGUCUGAUGCUAUAUCGAUUAUAAAUCUUUUUAUGUACCCUGUACGUCGUAAACGUAUAUCUAAUGUGGCAUAAAACAAAAAUGACAAAAAAAAGAUGUUUAACAUGGGAAUUUAAGAUAAAAGUUUUAAAAUGAUUUUUGUAACACUUUGGAAUGUGUUAGUAUGUGUUCCUUGCGUGGAAAAUCAGUUGUAAAUACCCCGAUCUGUGCUGUAGCACACUCCAGUACACGCGCACGCAACAGCAUUUAAUAAAGUCCCGUUUAUAGAGA